GAAGAGGGAGUGCGGGGCUUACUCUGCUCUGUGGGAACGUUGCUGAGGACGGGGAAGGGUGGGAACUCGAGGGUGGGCCUCUGCUGUGUCAUCAACAGGGCCAGCUUUCAAUAUUGCAAGAAAAAAUAGAUCAUUUAGAACGCCUCUUAGCAGAAAACAAUGAGAUUAUUUCAAACAUACGAGAUUCUGUGAUCAAUUUGAGUGAAUCAGUAAAGGAUGGUCAAAAAAAUCCAGAGGCUAUAAACUUCAGUCAAGGAUCCAUCUCUGAGCUCUUUCCUUCUGCUUCAGUUUUGCCUGCUGUUGAUUCUGAGGACUGUUUGUUUGCUUCAAAAAGCAGAAAUCAUGGUUCAGGUGUACAGAUGUUAGAUGUCUAUGACAUUCUUCCUUUCGAUAAUCCAGAUGGUGGCGUGUGGAAACAAGGAUUUGAUAUCACAUACAAUGAAAAUGAAUGGAACAGUGAACCACUUCAAGUUUUUGUUGUGCCUCACUCACAUAAUGACCCAGGUUGGCUGAAGACUUUUGAAGAUUAUUUCAGAGAUCAGACACAGCAUAUCUUAAAUAACAUGGUUAUAAAACUGCAAGAAGACAACCGAAGGAAAUUUAUAUGGUCUGAGAUUUCUUACUUUUCAAAAUGGUGGGAUGGAAUAGAUAGCCAAAAAAAGGAUGCUGUUAAAAGGUUAAUAAAAGAUGGACAAUUUGAAAUAGUAACAGGAGGAUGGGUCAUGCCUGAUGAAGCCUCGCCUCAUUAUUUUUCUUUAAUUGACCAAAUGAUAGAAGGACAUCAAUGGCUAGAAAAGAACCUUGGAGUGAAACCAAAGUCUGGUUGGGCAGUCGAUCCUUUUGGGCAUUCACCAACAAUGGCCUACCUUCUGAAACGUGCAGGAUUUUCCAAUAUGCUUAUACAGAGAGUGCAUUACUCAGUUAAAAAACAUUUUGCAACGCAGAAGACACUCGAAUUUUUUUGGAGGCAGAACUGGGAUUUGGGAUCCAGUACAGAUAUCCUUUGUCAUAUGAUGCCUUUCUAUAGCUAUGAUGUUCCUCAUACUUGUGGUCCAGAUCCAAAAAUCUGCUGCCAGUUUGAUUUCAAACGUCUUCCUGGAGGAAGAGUAAGCUGUCCAUGGAGAGUUCCACCAGAAGCUAUUCAUGCUGGAAAUGUUCAACACAGGGCUUGGAUGAUUUUAGAUCAAUACAGAAAGAAGUCAAAGCUUUUCCGUACUAAAGUUCUGUUGGCUCCACUAGGGGAUGAUUUCCGUUAUGCUGAGAGCUCAGAAUGGGAUCAGCAGUACCAGAAUUAUCAGAAGCUCUUUGAUUAUAUGAACUCUCAGCCUGAGUGGCAUGUGAAGGCUCAGUUUGGGACUUUAUCCGAUUACUUUGAAGCUCUGCGCAAAGAAAGCAAUGUGGGUGAGAAGAGCAGCAAUUCAUUUUUCCCUGUUUUAAGUGGAGACUUCUUCACCUAUGCAGACAGAGAUCAUCAUUACUGGAGUGGAUACUUUACAUCACGACCCUUCUAUAAACGACUGGAUAGAGUCCUGGAAUCCUACUUGCGGGCAGCUGAAAUCCUCUACUCCAUGGCUUUGGUACAGUCCAGUAAAUCUGAGAAGAUGAGCGUAUUUCCUUCAGUGGAUAACUACAAAUUGCUGACAGAAGCUAGGAGGAACCUUGGACUCUUUCAGCAUCAUGAUGCUAUUACAGGAACAUCUAAAGACUGGGUAGUUGUGGAUUAUGGCACCAGGCUUUUCCAUUCAAUAAUGAACUUGAAGAGAGUGAUAAUUGACUCUGCUCAUAUUCUUAUCCUAAAGGAUAAAGGUGCUUAUAAUUACGACAUGUCAACUCCAUUCCUGAAGAUGGAUCAUGUUCAGUCUUCCCAAGAUUCUUUGCCACGCAAGACAGUUAUAAAGCUGACAUCACAACCAAGGUACCUUUUGAUAUACAAUCCAAUGGAACAAGAGCGACUUUCAGUGGUUUCAGUCAAUGUGAAUUCACCCAGAGUUAAAGUAUUAUCUCCUUUGGGAAAACCUGUUGCUGUCCAGAUUAGUGCUGUUUGGGAUGGAGCAACUACAGUAUCACAUGAAGCAUAUGAGAUCUCUUUCGUGGCACAUCUACCACCUCUGGGGAUUGGAGUUUACCAGCUUUUGGAAGUUCAGAGUUCAGAAGCAGUUUUAGCAGACUAUAAUAUAUACUUAAGGAAUAGUAAGCAGGAGAAGCCAGACAGACUUUUCAAGAUAAAAGAGAUGCAGAAUUCUGUGGAUAAUAUAAUCUUAGAAAAUUCUUACAUGAAACUGUGGUUUUCUGGAAUGUCUGGAUUACUGGAGAAAAUAAAUACCAAAGAAGAUGGUAAAAAUCAUCAAAUGAAGGUGGAGUUUGCUUGGUAUGGAACUACAAGUAACCGGGAUAAAAGUGGAGCUUAUCUCUUCUUACCAGAUGGAGAUGCCAAGCCUUAUAUUUUUACAGAUCCACCUACCAUAAGAGUUGCUCAUGGAAGGAUUUUCUCAGAAGUUGUAUGUUUUUUCCAUCAUGUGACACAUACCAUGCGACUGUAUAAAGUCCAGGGUUUGGAAGGCCAGUCUCUUGAAGUUUCCAAUAUUGUGGAUAUUAGAGGAGAAUAUAAUCGUGAGCUUGCAAUGAGAAUUUCAUCUGACAUAAACAGUCAAAAUAGAUUCUAUACUGAUCUUAAUGGAUAUCAGAUCCAGCCCAGACUGACGAUGAGCAAAUUGCCUCUUCAAGCAAAUAUCUAUCCUAUGACAACAAUGGCUUAUAUCCAAGAUGUUGGUAUUCGUUUGACACUUCAUUCAGCUCAGUCUCUAGGUGUUGCAAGCUUGAAAAAUGGUCAGCUGGAAGUGAUCUUGGAUCGUCGACUUAUGCAGGAUGACAACCGUGGCCUUGGACAAGGUGUCCAAGAUAACAAGAUUACAGCUAAUAUCUUCCGAUUUCUGCUGGAAAGAAGACAUGGAACAGAAGUGAAUGAAGAGAAGGCACCAGUCAGUUUUCCCUCACUUCUUAGCCAUAUGACAUCUUCUUUCUUAAACCAUCCUGUAAUUCCAAUGUCAACAUAUGCAGAUGCAGGUGUCCCAGAAAUGCUAAAUACUUUUUCUCCACUCGUAUCAUCCAUGCCUUGUGACAUGCAUAUAGUCAAUCUGAGGACAAUCCAAUCAAAGGUGAAUAUUGAACCAUCUGAUGAAGCUACUCUGAUUCUUCACAGAAAGGGAUUUGACUGUAGAUUUUCAAACAGAGACAUAGGUUUGCUCUGUUCCUCUACUCAGGGAAAGAUAAAAGUACAUAAACUCUUUAACAAAUUCAGAGUGGAAAGUCUUACACCUGCAUCUUUAUCUUUGAUGCAUUCACCUCUGGAUACCAGAAAUAUAAGUGAAAUAAGUAUGAGUUCUAUGGAGAUAAAUACGUUCCGGAUCAGACUAAGAUGA